AUAAAUCCCUGCAAGCCCUAGGAGCGAACCCAGCUCAAGUGUUCCCAAAAGAGAGAAAAGGCAGCCGAGAAGAGAGAGAACAUAUAUUCAAGUGCUAUUCUUCUACUGGAGAACUAACAGAUAAGAUGCCGGAUUACGAAGGCAACGGUGGAGAUGAUCUGGAGAACUACGGUGGCUCUUCUCCUCAACCCCGUAUUAACAGUCACGCCGGUGCCGAUGAUUUUAGCGACUCCAGAUCUCAACAGCAUUCUCGUGAUGGUGAUAAUAGAGAAAGAGGGCCUUCUAGAAGCAGGGACAGGGAUAGGGAGAGGGAGAGGGGGAGAGACAGGGACCGUGAAGGUGAACGAAGCAGAGAUAAGGACAGGGACAGGGAGAGAGAUAGGGAACGUGAUAGGGAUAAGGAUCGGGAUCGUCACCAUAGGGACCGAGAUCGCCACCGGGAUCGAAGUGAGAGAAGAGAGAGGGAGGAGAGGACUCGAGACAGAGAUGAUGAUGGUGAUUACCAUCGGAGUCGGGAGUAUGAUAGACGAAGAGAUUUUGACAGAGAUAGAGAAGAGAGGCAGAGGCAUAGGUCCAGAUCUCGAGAGGGGAGAUCAGAACACCGAUCAAGGUCACGGUCUCGAUCAAGCUCCAAAAGUAAAAGGAUCAGUGGCUUUGACAUGGCACCUCCAACUAAUCCCUUGAUGACUGGUGCUACCUCUCUCCCAGCCUUUACAGGUCAGGUAACUGGUGCUGCUCCAGCUGUUCCUGGAGUCUUUCCCAACAUGUUUUCAUUGCCAACUGGACAGCUUGGAGCUCUACCUGUUAUGCCAGUUCAGGCUAUGACUCAACAGGCCACUAGACAUGCUCGACGAGUGUAUGUUGGUGGACUUCCUCCAACAGCUAAUGAACAGUCUGUUGCGACAUUCUUCAGUCAUGUGAUGUCGGCAAUUGGAGGAAACACUGCUGGUCCAGGGGAUGCUGUUGUAAAUGUUUAUAUUAACCAUGAGAAGAAAUUUGCUUUUGUGGAGAUGAGGUCAGUUGAAGAGGCUAGCAAUGCCAUGGCAUUGGAUGGCAUUAUUUUUGAGGGAGCGCCGGUUAAGGUGAGAAGGCCCAGUGAUUACAAUCCCUCAUUAGCUGCUACUCUUGGUCCUAGCCAGCCCAAUCCAAACCUGAACCUUGCUGCUGUUGGACUGACCCCUGGUUCUGCUGGUGGGCUUGAGGGCCCUGACCGUAUUUUCGUGGGUGGUCUUCCCUAUUAUUUCACGGAAGGGCAGAUCAGAGAGCUGCUAGAGUCUUUUGGGCCCCUUCGUGGUUUUGAUCUGGUGAAAGACCGAGAGACUGGAAAUUCCAAGGGCUAUGCAUUUUGUGUUUACCAGGAUUUAUCAGUGACUGAUAUUGCUUGUGCAGCACUUAAUGGGAUCAAGAUGGGUGAUAAAACCCUCACUGUUAGGCGUGCAAACCAGGGAGUUACACAACCUAAACCUGAGCAAGAAAGUGUUUUAUUGCAUGCACAGCAACAGAUAGCUUUACAGUGUGUAUCGGGCACACACUUGCAGAAACUCAUGCUACAACCUGGGACACUGGCCACAAAGGUUUUAUGCCUGACACAAGUGGUUAGUGCAGACGAGCUAAGAGAUGAUGAGGACUAUGCAGAUAUAUUGGAAGACAUGAGAUUGGAAUGUGGGAAAUUUGGUACUUUGGUGAACCUGGUUAUCCCACGGCCAAGUCCCACUGGUGAUCCAACACCAGGUGUUGGAAAGGUGUUUUUGGAGUAUGCUGAUGUCGAGAGUGCCAACAAAGCUCGUCAAGGAUUGCAUGGAAGAAGAUUUGGUGGGAAUCAAGUAGUUGCUGUGUUUUAUCCAGAGAACAGGUUCUCUCAAGGUGAUUAUGAUGGUUAAGCGGUGGCCGCUACUGGUUUUGAAGUUACCUUAGAGAUGCUCAAGUACUGUUAUAGGCUUGAUACGUGCUAUCCCAUAACUCGUACAAAAUUAGGAAGUGAUACAAAUAUUAUUGGUUUAAGCUUAGUACUCAGAUUUAUCUCUUGGAUUUUAGGGUUGCAUUUGUACUUGGAUUUUUGGAAUGAUUAUCGAACUUCGCUUUUGAGUCUUGAGUGUUACCUUGAGUCUUCG